GACUCAGGCUUGUUUGCGGACUGUGACGUCAUGGUUUUUUUUAACAACCUGCUCUCAAUGUAAUCAUUUAAAACGUUUACCAUUUGCUUUUUUGCAUCGGGCAGAUAAGAAGGAUCACUCUCCUAGAGCAAUAGGAGGACAGGACCAAAUGGUGAAGCCUCAUGACAUUGUGACGCUCAAUGGCAUUGAGAGCAAGAAAGACCAUGAAAUUGUUCAAUUCCAGUGGAUGCAGGUGUCUGGAAGUCCCACAGCUGUCAUAGUGAAAACCACUUUUAACGAUGAAGUGAGGGUGUCCAACCUGUCUGCUGGAGUGUAUAAGUUCAGGCUGACUGUCACAGGCGAUGCUGGCCAGUCUGACUCAGCAGAGGUCACUGUCUUGGUCCUCACACCUGAGCAGUCACACCGGUUGUGGAAGCAACCUGGAGCAACCGGGCACAAGGCUGGGUACACUGUGGAUGGGGUGCCAAUCCAUCCAUCGCAGGGCACAAUCACAUACACAUUCACACUCCCACUUAUACACUACAAACACUUUGGAAUGCCAAUCAGCCUACCAUGCAUGUCUUUGGACUGGGGGAUGAAACCGGAGUACCUGGAGGAAACCCCCACAGCACGGGGAGAGCAUGCAAACUCUGCACAUACAGGGCCACGGCGAGAAUAUAACCCCCAAACCUGAACGUGCUAAUCACUAAGCCACCUUGCACCCUUGAAGGGAA